AUGACGUACGAGCAGCUGCGGCAGGCGAAAAUGCAGGCGACGCAGCGUGCUUUCGCGGAGCUGCAGAGCCUUUCGGCGGAUUUAACCCAGGAGACCCGGCGGCAGGCCGGCGAAAAACAGCAGCAGAAGCAGCCUCGCAGGACGUGGACGCGGCGAAAGCUCUUCGACAAAGUUCGUCGAUCCGGCAGGCUCCAGAACUCCCCUGCUACCCAAUAUCUUGAGCUGGACGACAGAACGCCGGACCGCAGCACCGCACGAACCUCUGCCGGUCGCCGAACCUGGCAGCUUCGGUCUAUGGGCUCGGGGGCAGGCUCGGCUGAGGCUGGGACGGUGGUUCGGUGCGGAAAGGAGGUGUACACGGAGGAAGAUCUGAAGAAGCUUCGUGGGCACGUGAAGCCGUAUGACCUCAGCGUUGAGCCAUACAAGACAAGAAUCUACGACCCUGUGAAAGGGAAGACAUGUCACCAGUGCAGGCAGAAGACGCUGGGGCUGCGCACGGAGUGUGCGACGUGCAAGGAUCUCUCAGUGUGCGGGCAGUUUUGCGGGGACUGUCUCUUUGUGAGGUACGGCGAGAACAUAGAGGAGGCGCUAGCAGAUCCCUCAUGGGAGUGUCCGGUGUGUCGGGACAUCUGCAACUGCUCCAUCUGCAGAAACCGCAAGGGAUGGGGACCAACUGGGCCACUGUUUCACAAGGUUUGGGGUGCGGGAUACCAGUCCGUUGCACACUAUCUCAUGCUCACGAGAAUGGUCAAGGGGGGAGAGAGCACAGGGGUUCAAGCGGAUGAGGUGGGGGAAGCAGAGGGUGAGAGUGAGGGAGCAGGAGGAGAGAGUGGGGAGGACGAUGAAGAGGGAGGAUGUGAGGAGGAGGAGGGACGAGAGGGGAGUGAUGUCAUGUUAAUAGAAGAGUGUGCGGAUGGGAAUAAGAAGUCAAGGAAGAGAAAGCGGGACGUUGAGAGGAGUGCGGUGGAGACGAGGGGACGGAAACAGGGUCUUGGGAGGAAGCGGAAACGCAUGAAUACAAGGGAGGAGGAGGAAUACGAGGAGGGAGAUGAGUUGGAGGAGGAGGAGGGAGACGAGGAGGAAAAGGAGGAGGAGGAUGAGGAGGGAGAGGAGGACGACGAUGAUGUUGUGGAGGUUCAGGUGAAGAGAGAAGGAGGUGAGGUGAAGAGAGAAGGAAGUGAGGCGAAGAGAGAAAGUGGGAUCGUGACAAGGAGAGCCGCGGCAAGAAUGGAAGCUGACGCUGCUGAGUUGAAGGCUGCUCAUGGUCGGGUGCUGCGAUCUCGCAUCAUUCAUGCACCACAGUUAGGCGGAGCAGCAGGAACAGGGGGAGCAGCUGGCACAGGAGGAGCAGAGGCAGCAGCAGGCAGAGCAGAGGCAGCAGCAGGCAGAGCAGGAGCAGCAGCCAGGGGGGAUUUGGGUCAUUGCAAGGGAAAGGGGGUUGCAGGUGGAGUUACAGUUCGGGAUGGUAAAAGGGGGAUGAAGUCGGGCGUUGAGACUGUAAUGAGGAGUGCUGUGAAGGGGAUGGAGAAGGGGGGAUGCAAAGUGGAAGUGGAAGAAGAUAAGGCGGAGAUGAGGCAUCUCCAGGAGGAAGAGGAGUAUGAUAGUGAUGACGAUGUGGUCGAAGUGGUGGUUCCUAGGACAGUAUAG